GCUCGAGAACAGACGGAAGAGAAGCUACGUUAGUCUAGCAGUGUCUUCCCUCCUCUGUUUUUAAAUGUUUCUGUGGUGAUUUGACAGAUCCAGAAACGUCUUCACCCCCGGAAGGCUUUCACGGUUCUUUUGCAGCUCCUUACCCGUCUCAGAGGCCUCCUCCGCGGCAGGAUGUCGGGUCGACUGGCCUUCCAGACGCAGCUGGCCUCCAUCAUGGAGGUGCUGGCUAACGCUGCGGUGGCGGAGAUCUGCAAGCUGGUGGACGAUGACUACGCGGUGGUGAGCCUACAGAUGUCCCAGUGUCAGCGGGAGAACAAGGCCCUGAAGAGGAAGUUACACUUGCUGGAGCUCAAGAUGGCACGGGGGAACGCCGAGAGGAGGCUCCGGGAGAGCGCCAUGAACGGCGGCCGACCUAGAGUGCAGAUCACUGGGGGAGACAGGCUGCGAGAGGCCGCCAACACCUCCAGGUCCUCCUGCACAGACGCAGGGUUCGGAGGACAGAUGGACGUGGUUCUGUGGUCUGAACGAGCUGCACAAGAAGACGCUGAGCUGAUCCACACUGAGCGUGUGCAGAGGAAGUCUCCAGACGUGGAGCUGGUGGAGGAGGAUGCGGCGCAGGUGAAGGAGGAGAAGGUGGAGGCAAUCAUGUCGAGGGUGACUGAGAGGGAGGAGGAGGAGGAGGUGCUGAUCAGAGACGAUGGAGUGCUCGAGCGUGUCCCCUGUGGACCAGGACAGCGACCCGGCCUCCACCAGCAGGACACCCAGUCCAGCUCCAACCAGACCCUAUCCCCGUCCCCAGGCAGCAGGAGGAGGCGUACGGGCAGCAGAGGAGUGGAGGUCAGUGACUCCUCCUCUCUCCUUAGCUGUGAGCUUGUUGGCUCUCUGCAGGAAACAAUUAACCGUUCGUACAGCGACUCUCAGUUUGACGUUUUGUGUGACUCCUCGAAAAACGCUAACUUGUUGGUUGAGGAGUUUUUUGACGAGCGGUCGCGAGCUGGAGCCGAAGGGAGGAUGCCGUCUUGUUCGUACUCAAUGGCGGCGGCAGAUUUCCCAUCAUCGUCCUCGGGUUUGAACGGUCAGACUCGUUUCAGUCUCCCUGAGCGUGUGCCUGUGACCCAGCGCAGCAGAGUGAACCAUCGAACAGGCGCCAAGGAGAGACUGUUCGUCUGCAGCUACUGUGGGAAAGCUUUUAACCGACCCAAGAAAGUGGAGAUCCACCAGCGCGUGCACACAGGGGAGAAACCGUUCAGCUGCUCCACCUGUGGGAAAACAUUUUCUGAAGCUGGGAACCUGAGGAAGCAUCAGAGGGUUCACAGUGGAGAGAAACCAUACAGCUGCGGCUUGUGUGGACGAGGGUUCGCCUGGAUCAGAAACCUGAAGACUCACCAGCUCAAGAGCCACCCUGAAGUGUACAGUGAGCGGACACCAGGGGGCGCACCUGAGCUGUCUUCUUUUAUCUGAAGGGUACUGAAGGUGAAACAUCAGAAUGGAAUGGAAACAGGACCUUUUAAUAAACAGAUGCCAGUGUGUAUGACAGAAGCAUUAAAAGUGUUUAUACUAA